GUAUGUUAUUCAAAGGCUGAAGGUGCGCGCAUGAGCUUGUGAUUUGGGAGAUGAACAGAGCAUUUAUAACCAGAUGAACAAGACCAGAGACAGGAGAGGCGUCGAGCCUGACCUUUCGUCUAUACCCUCCGCUGUCUCCGUCGCUUCAAUGCUCGUAUGCACGCCAGCACGCCACAAAACCUAGGUAUGCACGCAGCCGUCGGGUAAGCCAUCGCAUCUCAGAUCAUCUAAGUUGAUGAGUUGCGCGGCAAAACAACCGCCCAAUUCAUUUGAUUGGACAAGACGGAAUUGCGAAGUUCAAAAGUUGGAGAACAGCCUCCCAAGAUUCCUUGCGUCAGUUCGAUGCGUCCUAAGUCAACCAGCUCGGGCUGCAGUUGUCCCGCUAGGAGCGACGCUCCCACGAAUCACGGAUCAGAGACAGACUAUCGCUGAAGGCUUUCACACUCGUCUAUUCCCUCCACAGUUGCUCUCUCUCCUGCACUCUCGCACCUCCCCCUGUACAAUCGCACCUCCCCCUGCACAAUCGCAUCUCCCUUCUGCACACUCGUUGCGGGUCUUGCAACAGUUGAGCUCGUGCUUGAAGUGUUUCAUCGCGCAGCUCCUCAAAUCAGCUUAUAGGUUUCGUCCACCUAGCGGGAUAGCCCAUAACAAGAUGGUGCCCGCCACAAUCCGUCAUGCUCCAUGGCUAGGGAUAAAGGUCAGCCACUGGCCAACAACGUCUGGCGCGACGGCUAUUCCCUGGUCGCUGUCCCCCAGUUGUUGUCGCUGUUCUCGGUAAAGCACGCACAAGGCUCAAUCGGAUGCGACCA